AUGUUCCACUCUGAGGCCUCCCUCAUAUACGCAGAUCAGUUGCGGAACCACGGACAUGGCAAGCCGCUGUGGCAACCUGAACCCUCUCAAUAUGGUGAGAUCCUCAUCGGGGACGUUGGAUUCAUCGAAGAUGGGUGCUUUUACUGGCUCUUCAAUUGUACUCUCACUGCAGAAGACCCAGUACAUGCAGAUUUUGGAGUUCUGCAUGGCUAUGUCUCACUCGAGUACAACAACAGGGGCAACAGCGUGAGUUUCUGUUCUUGUCUUUUGCAUAAGUUUUUCCAACAUGUGGUAAGAAGUAAGGGCGUUUCCAUAUCAUACAAGUUUGAGUGCAAAAAACGAGAAGGUGCAAUCUUAGUGCCUGGCUCCAACGUCACUUUGUCGCACGUACAAGCAAAUCCGCGCACCCGCGAGUAUGUCAGGCUUCACCAUUCGUCGUGGCACAGGUUUGCAAUAGACCAAGGCUGCGAGAUCUCCCCAGAGGACAUCGUCUUGGUAAUCGGCUGGCUUAUGACCUCAGAGUGGGCCGUCGCGGCUGUCGCAAACCGCGGCAAGUCGCAUUCAAUCUUGUUUGGUACAGAGGGGAGCAUCGCAUCUGCAGAGUUUGGGAUUGAGCGCUCAGAGGAGGCAGUGGCGUCAGUCAGCCAGUGA